AUGAAGUUCUCUAGCACCGCUAUUCUCGCCCUCGCUGCCGCCGUCCAGGCCGCGCCUGAGCCUCAGCCCGACAUCUGGGGCGACAUCACCAGCGGCGCAGGCGGCAUCAUCUCGGACGUGUCGACCUUUGUCGACGGCGCCAAGUCGCACGCCUCGACCUGGGCCGACGGAGCAUCCACCUGGGCCGAGGGAGCCAAGUCACACGCGUCCACCUUUGUUGCGGGAGUCAACUCGGACGCCUCGACCUUUGUCGACGGCGCAAAGUCGCACGCGUCCACCUUUCUCGCCGGCGUCUCCAGCGACGUCGCAAAGGCCACCAGCGAGGCCGGCGUCAAGGCCUCCAGCCUGAGCCAGUUCAUUGCUACCGCCACCGGAUCCGCCAAGUCCAGCGCCGAGAGCGAGCUGUCCAAGGUGACGAGCUCCCUGGCCGCUGCUACCGGCUCCUCCGCCUCCGCCUCUGCCUCGGCGUCGAGCACAUCGUCGAGCACCGCCGGCGUAAUGAACAUGUAA